AUGCGGUCGAGUCUGCUCGCUCUUGCGAUUGCCGCCGCUAGCUGUCAUGCUGCAACACUCUGGGUUAUAGGCGAUUCGACAGCAGCCCAGGGCGGCCCAGAGAUGAUGCCCGGCGUGGUAGGUUUCGGCGCCUUUCUGAAUGACUACGUGGACAUGGAGGUCAUGAACUGGUCACUCGGUGGUGGCACAAUCAGGACGGUGACAGAGAUUGGCAUUAUCGACAAGAUCGCCACACUUGUCAAGCCUCACGAUUGGGUUGUCUUCGAGAUUGCUCAUAAUUCACGAGGCGAUCCGGCAGUCUCACACAAAGCCGACUGUCCUGACGACGGCAGCCACAAGGCUAUCUGUCAUGCAGCCAAUGGCGCUCGUGUCUCAACGUACUAUGCUUCGCUUGUGAAUGCCAUGUCGCUGCUCAAGGGCAAAGGUGCCAAGGUUAUCGCUGCUACGCAAACUCCCAACAAUCCCUGGGAGACGGGCAGAUUCGUCUAUGCGCCAGCCUCGCUGUCAGCAGAUACGCAGGCUGCAGCUCGAGCUGUCGGCGCCGAAUUCAUCGAUCAUGGGGCAACACUCGCAGCAUCCUACAAAGCGCUGGGCGCUGCAAAAACGAAGGCGCUGUUUCCGAUUGACCACACGCAUACCAAUGAGGCUGGCGCCCGUGUCGCUGCAGCGGCAUUUGCCAAAGCGGUCAUCUGCAGCAAGAGUCUGCUGUCGCAUGCUGUCAAGGAUGUUGCGCUGCCUGCAGAAUGUGCAUAG